CAACCGACGAGAAAGAGAUCUCAUGUGGUCUAGAAGUAGGUACCAACAUCGAGAAAGAGUAAUUGCGAUGAGUAGACAAGGCAGACGCAGAGCACAAGAAUCUACUCCCGUGUACAAAAUAACUACUGCUACACCUUGAACUACCUUAGAAUUUCAGAUUUCUUUGCGUCUGCACAGAAAGAAAAUGUCGUCAACUGCCACGUCCUACGAGGAAAAGCGCUUCGGGCACGAGCUGCUCGCCAAGAUUUUCCAGCAAUUCCGUGACUCGGAUUUUGAAAAUCUCAAGACGAAGGAGAACAGAAGCCAAGACCUGUCCUUUCUCGACCUUGCCGCGGCCCCGGGCGGCUUCACCGAUUUUCUCGCCAACUACAGGCGGGGAACGACCGGGCAAAAAAUCGCGAAAGGCCACGCAAUCACCCUCGGGGUCGAAGCUGGGGGCAAAAAAUUGCAGCUGCCGAGACCUGCGAGGUAAUAUUCUUGGAACUAUAAUAGGAAGAUGAGUAGCAGCAACACUGGCAAGAAGAGGUAGCUCCAGGAGCAGCUUCACGCAAGGUUGUUACUACUGGUAGCAGUGUGGUAUGCGCUUGUAUGUUGCUCUUGCUGCUGCAGCAAUGGGAUUAUUGUUUUUCAUUUUGCAUGAAAAAGUAAAUAGGAACAUCGCCGCGAGCAUGUGCAUGCAACAUAUGGAUAUGCAGGCCCAUGCGGACCAAAAAUAAACAAAAACAACCAAAAACUCCACACAGCAAUCCGGAUUUUAGUUUCACUUACCAGUACAAAGACCUUUGUGAGUUGACCGCAGACAAGAUCGAGUGCAGUGAUGUAGACCUCGUCGUGGCAGACGCUGCGCAGGACGGCGGAUUUGGGCGGAGGCACAGCAUAGGUAUCUAUUUUUUCAUCAUUCGGGAGCGUAGUAGAAGUUCAAGUUGUAGUUGAGUUGGGGUAAUAAAUGUAUGAGAAGAUGACAGCUCUUUUCACAAAAAAAAGAAAAACCGACCCUGAGCAGCAGACUAUCGUUUGCAUUCGCGGCGCAAAAUCAGUAUAAUCUUACUUCACAAAAUUCCGAAGAUGCAAGAAAACCAAUUUUAUCUCAGGAGCUUUUGACUCCGAUGAUUCUCCGGGAAGUAGUGGUAUACUUGGCGCCAACUAUCUUUCCAAGUCCUUUUUUUCUGGUCGCGGCGCCGCUUCCAAACUGCCGUCGAAGUCGACUUCCAAGCAGUCCAUCGUGCACACCCCGGUGGACUCACUGCUCCAGUGGCAACUCCUCAUGAAGCAAUUCUCGCUGGGCCUGUCAAAACUGAAAGAACACGGACUCUUCGUCUUCCGGUUCGAGAAAGAGAUCCCAAAGGUUGAUGCUGAGGGUGCUCGUCAUCGGGACUUGUUCCACGACAGUGACAAUUCUGGCGAUCAUCCGCGCUACUACAGUAUCUUCGAUGAGCAGAACACGCACGAGGUUCACUUCCGGCUCACGUUUUGGUUCUUCCAAGCAGUCCUGUCGUUGUUUCGUGGCGUGUCCGCCGAACCGUCGUCCGCGGAGCGGCCGCAUGCUAGAAGCUCGUCGGUCUCAGGGUCUUCUACCUCGCCGAUGUACAUUGCGGUCUACAACUUCAACCGAAAACGUUUCGUUGACGAACAGUGGCAGACGCGGUUUGAGCGGAUCAUCGACAGCAUCAAAGGCGUGAUAUCACAUGCAAGUUGUAUGUCUGACGGUCUGCUGGAAGAACUGGAACCGGCGCUACUUCUAUCUACUUCUACACUGCAGAAGCUUAUUGCCAACAUGCAGAUUUUCAUUUUGUUGACCCCACGAGCGAGGUGUGGAAGAACAAUAAGCACUUAGACUUACUGGGCUUUGCAUCACAGGUUUUGUGCGGGCUUCGCCUUCACAGGGCAUGACGUCCCGCCUGUAAAAUACGGCUUCGGCUUCCGCAUCAGUUUGGCCAGAAAAGGGCAUAGGCUUGUAGCGAAAACAAAUUGCUGUCUGUUGUUUUAGAGGACGCACGAUCUUCAGUGCUUUGCAUGUACUCUCCAGACCUCCCAUCAGACCACAUGUAAUCUUUGCAAUGCAUACGUGAAACACGAGGACGACCUGUUGACGCAUCUGGAGCUCGCCAAGACGUCCAACUACUCCACCUGGGCCCUACCCCCCAUGGCAAAGCACCGCCGGACACACGUGGAGCGGUUUCUGCUGCACCUUCUCCCGAGCGGGGUGCGACACGUCUCCGAGGUGGCGAAAUUCUACGGAAAUUUGCCGGCCGCAGAGGUCAGUCUGGCAACUACUACCGGUGGUGCGGCCGAAAGUCGUGGCGCGAAAAGUUCUUCGUCGGCCGGGACGUCCUCGUCAAGCGGCGCAGCGAACAAGGGCGCCCCGGAGCCGCGAGCGUCCUUGGAGUCGAAUGUAAUAUUAGAAUUAAUAUUUUUGGAUCCCGCCUUGCAGCAUUGCAAAUAGAAAUACCGUUGCAGUUGCUCCUGGUGUCAUGUUGUGAUUACAACCGCACGAGAACAAUGAAUAUUACAGACAGAACAACAUUGACAGGUCUGCUCCGGCGGCAACACCUCGGCAAAAUCGUCUCGCAGCAAAGCUACAUCGUUCGGUGCAAUAAACAAGCCACUUGCAUCAAAUACCGGCACCUCAAGCACGAGGAAUCUUGGCAGUGGAAGUGGCCAGCUGCACCAUCCGUCUUCUACGGGAGCAGCAGCGACCCGCAUUCCUUCGCCAAGAAACCGCAGCUUGUCCUCUAACAACGCUGUUGGGACAAACAAACAGACAACAGCGGGCGCCGCUUCAUCUAGCACAAGCUCAACAUCCACUGUGUUUCAUCAGCGAAUGUUGGGCAGCAAGAACAGGCUGGGUCAGCAAACUGUCGACCUGAACAACAACCGAAGCAACAAUCGCAGCAACAGUACGAGAAACAACGCUGGAAGAGUUGCUGCAGUAGACAACACGACUUCAUCCACAACCCUCGGUGGAACUAGAUCUGCUUUUGGUCUAAAUCGCCAGCCCAGCCCGGGACUGGAGGUACGCAGACCCAGUCUGGAAAGGAGGCCGAGUCUGGAGCACCGCAAGCCGAGCGUCGAGCAAGUGCGCCGGCGGGGAACGAGCACGGAACGAAAGCUCAGUGUAGAGCAGGCGAGAAACCGCUCCAAUUCGAACGACAGAACAGGGAGUGGCACUAGUAAACUACUUCAGCCGGGCGAGUUCGCGCAAAACCGAUCCACAAUUCUCGCGCCGACCAGCAGGAGCAAUAUCUUCGCGAAUAAAGCUCUGGUAAAUUCUUCGUAAUUAUUUCACUUUCAGGAUCAUGUUAAGGCGUUGACGAACACGAGUCGCACUCACAUUGGAGCCCUUCUCACUGUUGGCUCGAGAUCGCCUGCUAUUUGGAGCUUAGCGAGCAUCGACAUAUCACUUUGACCAUGGCAUAAGAUACUAAUAGAGAAAUGAAGAACAUCAAACUUCAAAAUCAAUAUCUAGGCCCGCACACAGCAGACGACAACAUCGCUCCAGCGUCGCUUUUCCGACGAAAACAACAUAGGGAAGUCCGCUACCAGCUCCUCGUUGGAGAGAAAAACUUACUAUCCGGCCGCAACAGGCGCUUCACUCUCCACUGUGUAUCCCCCCGCCGGGGGAAGCAACAAGGAAAAUUAUGGGAUGGCACAGCGGCCCCGCCCUUCCGUCUGUGCUUGAUUUCUUGCAAUAUACCGAUAAUUGCAGCCCAAUCUUGUCCUUCUAGCAGCACAUUGCAUGGCAAGUUGCAAGAGUAGCCACAACGAACCAGCACCGCAGAACUUGACUAGGUCUCGCGUCGAAGAUUCAUUUUUCUAUGCCAGGGAGGUAGAAGUACAUAGUUUAUCGUUACCUGUGACUCACUAUGUACUUAUCCUUUUAGCCUUCUUCAAACAAGGUCGAUGACAACGACGAGGAACGGGCGGGUGGCCGUGUUUAUCCACUCUCAUAAUGCUGAAGAUAACUCCGUGAACGACCCCAAAGACCACUCCAUGGUCUCAAGCCGCGUUUCUUCGAGCAUCCAGGCCCUGCGGGAACGGUCUGAGGAGCGCCUCCGCCGCCUGGAAGCGCAGAAGGAGCCGCUGAACAAUUCCCUUGCCCGCAUUCGGCAGCGAUCCAGAGAACGAGAAAGCUCGUUAGAUCGGAUCAACAGCAGUCGCGGAGGGCGCGCGGUCAGCAGCGAGAGGAGUUUCGGGAUAGUAGGCUCGACCACCACGACAACAGCGGGGGCCAGUGCUGGGUUAAACAGUUCGGUAAUGGUGCCGCAGGAUGACCAGCUGCCGCCCGAGUCAGCAAGAGCAAGCACCGCAGCAGCAGGAACUGCGUUUUCGCCCACAGAAGGUAGAAACGCUAGUAUAAUAUAGUAGCAAAAAUAGUUGUAGAGUAGUUCGAAUGUUGAUGUAUUUGUAGCACAGCGCAGCUUUUCUUUGCAUCAUAUAGAAGAAACAACUACAACUAGCUGCACGAGACGCGAAUGUUGACGUACGAAAAAACGUGUCGCAUCGGCAUUCCCCCAGGCUUUCAUUCUUUCAUCAGGUUUGUUCCAGCCAGCGGUGGUCGGGCGUCGGGUGGCGCGCGAGAGCGAAGACAGCGAGAUGGAGGCGGGCUGUGGCCCCGGGCGGAUGCGCGAGCGCAGCAACGAUGCGGGUCAGAACAACACGGAGCGGGGGCGGCAGAGCCAGCUAAAGGCGCGAGGCGUCGACGUGAUACGAGAAGGCUCGGUCGAACGGGCCAGGAAAAUUUUCGAAAAAGAGAUGAACAACAUCGGAGGAACGAUUUCAUCUGGUUUGAUCAUGCCAAAAACCUACAACAAUGGACCGCUGCACAGCACUACUACGUCUGCAACCAGCCCCGGAGCAGAAAAGCUGAGGGAACGGGACGAGGAAAACGAUGAAGAACUAGACGAUGGUAUCAUCUCCGGAGGAGGGACGGAUUUUGUCUAUGGAGCACAAAAAAAUCAAGAGCGUCCUGGCCGCAAAGACGCAUCCUCUAUUGCUGCAAGUAGUGCCGCGACUUCAUCAUCUGCAUCUUCCGUUGAACCGGCCGUGACAAGCAGCUCAUCUUCUAUGUUCUCCUCCUUGUUCAACUUCAGUAGAACCAAGGCCGCCAGCAAAGGCGAGCCGCAGCCCGUUAUUUCUAGUUGUACUGCCCAGCAAGAAGAGGAGGAGAAUCUAUUGACAAGAACGCCGGUGCAACCUCAAUCCGUCAGAACAAGAAAUAAAACGCUGGACGACCCCGUGACGGCAAGAAGUGCCAGGUACGAAACCCCCGGCGGCACGACGAGCAGAAGGACGUCUGAGGAGGGAGGCGGCUUCAGAAGCCUACUUCCUUCGGGAAGUAGAAUCGACUUCCAGACGCCACUGCCGGAAGGGGCGGUAGAUUUGCUGUUUUUAAUCUUCAGAGAGUGCUUUCAAAAACAAAAUCGCAUUUGAAGCUCUCUCUCCUCGCGCGGUCAUGUCCUUCUUGCUGCAAUGCAAAAGACAACUCUCGCAGCUUGCGGCCAAUAAAUACCACGAUGAAAUAAAGUAGAAGCAAAAUUUACAUUGUCCGCCACAUCAAGAUCGCAUAGUAAAAAAGAGAAGAUAGUUAAGUUUUAAACACACGAUUCCUCUCACAUUGAUUUCAGACGCGCAGAAGUUGCAGUUCCAAGGACUCGCACGGGUCGUACAAAACCCCGCUGCCACAGAUAGCAGAGCAAGCAGACGGCAGCGGGGAGAACGACACGACGCGUUGUCAGACAAGCAGUACGAAGAAGUCUGCAUCGACCGCCUCUUCUACAUCAAAUCAGGAAAGACCAAUAACAACUCCCGCUAUAGUACAACCUCCACGAAAGAAGAAAAAGGCGUGCUCUGUCACCAAAUGGCUUUCUGCCUGCCUCGUGAUCACCACUGCGCUGCUCUUCCUGUCCGUGUGCGCGCUGCUGCGGUUUGUCCUCAUCGUGCAGAUAGUCACGAAGCCGGUGCUGGAGUCCUCCGAAAUCAGCACGGCGCUCGAGGGCGACAUUACCAGCGAGUUUAUCUCUGUGCAGGUCCCGUUUGAGUACGCCAAGCACUUUGACGCGAACAAAUUUAAAACCUCGGAGCCGGAGACGUGGCUGGAGAUCAACUGCAAGAAAGUUGAGGACUACAAUCUCGACUGCAUAUCAAAAAGAAAAAUCCCCCCUCCCCAUAUCAAAACAGAAAUCUGUGAUGCAGAUUUGUGGCCACAAAUCAGCUUGUCAUGCUAGAAGGCAAAAGAAACGGACUGGAGUGCUGGGUGGCGCAGGAAAGCCUUGCAUCUUCAACAUGACAGGAGGUAGCUGGAAGUGGGGAACAGCAUGACAGAUCGCCUGCAAUUAAUGCCGCUGCUGCGUCUCUUCGCCUUCUAGCAACACAAGUCGACUUGUGUACUCAAAUACACGAUCACAAAUUUCGUUUUCGAUAUGGGGAGCAGGGGGGAUGUUUCCUUUUGAUACUGCAAGGACUUGAUUUACAGCACACGAGAAACGUACCGGAGUUUGGAAAGUGACCUGCUCAACGCGGCGGGGAGCUCCUACGAGUUUCUGGGAGACCAGUGCCGGCUGUGGGCUGAUACUGUCAUGACGAAAACGCAGAAGGGGUUUAGUGCGGUAAUCGAGCAGUUCGAUCACCUGGUACAAAACGUCCUGAAGCCGCAGUGGGACGCGUUUUGGGAAGCAGCAAGCAAGAAGCUCGACGAAGUCACGACGAAAGAUGUCGAACAGAGUGCAGCUCCUGCCCUGCAGUCGUCCACAAAAUCCACAAAGAACAACUCUGUCGCACAAGAUCAAAACCAUAAAAAGCCAAGAAGAGCUGCACUGGAGAAGGAUGAGGCAGCUAGGACGCGCGAUGAGGAGCUGUGAUAGAUUACGGUCGUGGAUGGCUUCGCUAGUGGUGCUUCGCUAGUGGUGCUCCUGCUCCUGCUGGCCAGGUGCUGUAGGUGCAUUCUUGUUACGUAUAUCAAAGAUAAUAAAGAAGACGUGUCGAGUUUGGUUCUUUUUUCAAACUUUCCAGCAACCGCCAUCUACUGAAUACUUUCAUAUUUUUUCGUCAAUGUAUUUAAGCUCGGGUUUAGCUUUAGAGACGAAGGGUAGAUUCUUUGCAGCCUUGUAUCAAAACAAACAUUUUCAAAGAAGAGAGCACUGCUUUCACCCGCCGGAAACCGCAGUUGCAACUCCGACAAGCAAACAAAGUCAAAGAAAAAAAAACACUCAUCAACGCCGUUGGUUUAUUUCGAAUAGCAAAGUAGCGAUUAGCACAACUCCGCCGCUCCACCUACGCGAGCGAUUCUGAACAUGGUAAUAUCGAAGGCAGAUCACGAGACGCACCUGCUGUAGGUACUAGCGGACGACUGUUGAUCUGGUAACGAAAUUCGUACUGUACGUGGAUAUCAAAGCGAUAGUACUGAUCGCGUCGAC